AUGCUUGACGUAGAUGGAAAAACACAUGAAAUGUUGUUAGACAAUUACAUUUCAAACCUCAAAAGAAAGAAAUGGGAAAGUAACCAUGUAAUUGCGGAAAAAACUGUUCAGCUUUUUAGACAUUUUAUUGAUACAAUCCACUGGUCAACAACUAUAGAAUUACUAAAUCAGUUGAGAGAAUAUGGAUUCCGAAUCACAUCAGCAUUACCAUUACAAUUUAUUGUUGGCAAUAUUAUUAGACGUAUAUUAAACAUUGUUCGAGAAGAAUACACUGCUGCUAGAAAAAGCUCUGAAGAAGAAAUCGAUGUACAAGACUCAUUACAUAAAAUCGUUACAUCUGAAGAUGAUGUUGAUGACUAUAAUAGCAUUGUCCCUGAACUUAAGUUAUCAAUUUUUGAACAUUUAGAUGAAUUUCAAAUAGAGAUAGAAUCUAGUAAUGAAGAUAUUUCUAAGCAAGCAUUAGAACAUAUUCAUUCAAAUGAAAUUAUUCUCACUGUUGGGCAAUCAUCUGAAGUUGAAAUGUUUUUAAAAGAAGCUGCUAAAGAUCGAACUUUUGAAGUAUUCAUAACAGAAUGUUCCCCUUUAAAUCAUGGUAGACAAUUAGCUUUAAAUCUCUCAAAACAUAAAAUUCAAUCAACAUUAAUUCCAGACUCUACAAUGUUUGGCAUAAUGUCUAGAGUGAACAAAGUAAUUAUUGGGGUUGAUUCUGUUAUGGCCAAUGGAGGUCUUAGAACAUUCAAUGGAUGUCAUGCAGUCGCUUUAGCUGCAGCUCAUUACUCUGUUCCGGUGAUAGUCUUAGCACCAAUGUAUAAACUGAGUUCACGUUACUUAUGUUCAUACAACCAGGAUGCAUUUAAUGAAUUUGUUUCGCCAGCUGGUGUUCUGAAUUAUUCAGAUUCAGUUGUAUCAAAAGUUGAUGUUUACAAUCCUACAUAUGAUUAUGUCCCUCCUGAAAAUGUCACUCUAUUUAUUUCAAAUAAUGGUGGCCAUUCUCCUUCAUAUGUCUACCGAUUGUUAUCUGAAAUAUAUCAUCCGCUUGAUUACGAUUUAUCUAUUCACAACAAAUAA